CUAAGCCACAGCCCUCGAUCUUUUUGUUUGUUGUCGAAACAGAAUCCUGCAUUGUGACAUUUGUGUUGCCCUGCAGCGUCGAGGGCAAGAGAUCGGUACGAUUAGCCUCCCUCGCCAAACUCGCCAAAGAGAGAAUCUGGCCCAUGGACGAACACCGGUAGCACGAGCAGCAGCAGCAGCAGCAGCAGGUGCCGCAGUAGUUGACCGCCCACCAUGGCCAUGAACUUUGUGACCUUCAACCAGGACUAUAGCCAUCUGGCCGUAGGCACCUCGAGAGGUUUCCGCAUCUUCACCACCGAACCAUUUGCAAAGUCGUUUGAAUCCCGAGAUGCCGGCAACGUUGCUAUCCUCGAGAUGCUUUUCUCGACCUCUCUUGUGGCCCUCAUCCUGUCUCCGAGGAGACUUCAGAUCAAAAACACGAAACGAGACCUGAUAAUAUGCGAGCUCACCUUCCCCAACGCCGUCCUCGCAGUCCGCUUGAACAGAAAGAGGCUGGUGAUUGUAUUGGAAGAUCAGAUUUACCUUUAUGAUAUUCAGACUAUGAAACUGUUGUACACGAUCGAGACAUCCCCAAACCCGGCAGCAAUCUGUGCUCUAUCCCCCUCUCAAGAGAAUUGCUACCUGGCAUAUCCUUUGCCUCAAAAAGCUGCCGCCUCAUCCUUUGCUCCACCGUCCCACGCUCCGCCAAACAGUACGCAUGUUCCUCCUACGACUGGAGAAGUUCUACUGUUCGAUGCCGUUAAGCUAGAGGCCGUGAAUGUUGUGGAAGCUCACCGGUCCCCACUAUCCUGUGUGAUUUUUAACAAUGAAGGAACUCUGCUGGCGACGGCGUCGGAUAAAGGCACCAUCAUACGGGUUUUCUCGGUUCCAGAUGCGCACAAACUCUACCAAUUCAGAAGGGGCUCCAUGCCUUCCCGGAUCUACAGUAUGGCCUUCAAUAUAACUUCGACCUUGCUCUGCGUGUCCUCGGCCACAGAGACUGUCCACAUUUUUAAACUGGGUCCCCAACACAGCCGGUCUACGGAAGAGGGCGACGAGCCUGCCUCGCCCAGCAAGACGAGUACCACUUUCAGCCGGAGGCUGAGCCAAGGUAGCGACACCCUUGUAGACCAACCUGUCGACGAUGAAGAUGGCGCGGAAUCCCCGACCGCAAUGGCAAACCGCAAACCUAAUGGGACCCUCAUGGGCCUUCUUCGAAGGACGUCGCAGCAUGUAGGAAUAAACCUGGCCUCCACGGUAGGAGGAUAUCUUCCAAAAGGAGUUGCUGAGAUGUGGGAGCCGUCGAGAGACUUUGCAUGGAUUCGAUUGCCCCGAUCCAGCUCGGGUGCUGCACCAAGUCAGUUACGCAGCGUGGUGGCCAUGAGUACAAAUUCGCCCCAGGUUAUGGUUGUGACGAACGAAGGGAACUUCUACGUCUUUAACAUUGACUUGGCAAAGGGAGGAGAGGGGACUUUGACGAAGCAAUACUCGUGAGUCGCCCCCUCUUCACCGUGUGUUCAGGGGUGCUAACAGAAAAUAGGGUCCUUGACAUCAACGACAAGAUGGGGGCAUCAGGAAUGGACUUUUGAUUUCAAAAAGCGCAAUGACAACUAGGCUUGACAGUCGGCCGAGGACCAGAUCUUGACGUGCACCGACUUCUGACAUUUAGCGCUGGCGUUGUGGCGUUGUGAUAUAAUAUAAGGGACGCUUUGCUCCCUUUGCGGUGACGAGCGGGAUGCGAGAGGGCGAUAAUGUUGUAUUCAAAACGAACGAGCUGGAGACGCAUGUCACUCCGACUCGGGUAUGAAUUCGCAGUGGAAGUGAUGGAUUCGAAACUGCAGACGAGAUGUUACAUGCGAAUUGAGAAGUCGACUGUGUUUGCUGCCAGUUAGCACUCAUUUAAAGAUUUCAAUCUGUCAUGACCGUUGGUCCAUUCACGCCCUGCAAUAUUUCUGUGUAAUAUGC